AUGCUCGCUGGCCUUUUGAAUCGCACCUUGAUUGUUCCACCCGCACGUCUCGGAAGAGGCAUAGGAUGGAAGCCAAAAGGCCAGCUAUUUUCUCGUUUGGAAUGGCUCAGAGCACUCAAAGAUUUUGCCAAUCGGUGCCAACCUCCCACACCAUCUAAACCAGCAACCUACUUAUUAGGCACUAAAUGUGAAGAAUAUCGUCAUUUCGCUACUAUUCGAUGGUCCGAAUUGCACAAUAUCGCCACCCUCGACAACGACGUUCGGUUCCGGUUUGUCGAUUUUGUCUCACCCACCAAGCUUCAGGAUAUGUUGCGAAUUGAUGCGGCGGAGACAUAUACACAUACAGACGAGCGAUUAUAUGAUUGGUACUAUACCUCGGUUUUACAGGGUAAGCCGUUUGAAUUCGUCAAAUCUGAGCAUCUGGCGCUUCAACAGCGAAUUGCUGGCACACUACGAUAUCGUCUGGACACCCCUUUGGGAGAAACGGUGAAAGGUAUCGUCGACUAUCUGGGCGGCACAGGAUCGUUUAUGGCUGUUCACUUCCGGAACGCCGAUCAACCGUUCCGAAAAAUGUUACCAAGCAACAUGGAGAUGUUCCUGGAAAAUAUGAUCAUGGCCCAUGCAUUCCUACAGUAUUCAAGCAUCCAACUGGAAGACAGAAUGCCACAACACACCGAGCAAUCGAUCCGAGUCAGUAAAACAGGGAGCCGAACAAUGGUAUACGUCGCCACCGAUCACCGAGAUCCUCAGAGAGAAAUGAGCCCGUUACUUCCGUGGUUUGAGCAGUUUCCUUGCAGCGUGAUCCUCGACGAUCUACCACCGUAUUCGCGCCUUUAGCUGACAUGCACGAUAUGAUUGAUCCCAACAAAUCACUCGCUUUUUACUUGAUACCGCUCGUCAACGCCAUGGUAGCAGCCCACGCACGGAAAGUCUUGCCUACACCUCGAUCUCGUUUUCAAAAUACAUCGACGAUCUACAUCAAGGGUGGGUUCCUUAACCGUGGUCUUUUUCGCCUACUUGUCCUCGCUCAUUUCUCCCUCUUUUUUCUGUCCAACAAUCAUAACCAUCGUCAUCUUUCCAUCUGCAGCAAAUA